AUGAAGCUGAAUCCGAAGAAAUGUGUCUUCGGCGUGAGGUCUGGGAAAUUCCUAGGUUUCAUGGUCAGCAAGAGGGGGAUUGAUGCCAAUCCCACCAAAGUGCAAGCAGCUCUUGACCUUCCCGAGCCGAAGACAAAAAGGGAUAUUCAGCGCCUUACGGGGAGAAUGGCCGCCUUGUCCAGGUUCAUCUCAAAAGCCUCGGACAAAGGCUUGCCCUUCUUCAAGGCGCUUAAAUUUCCGAAAUCGAAGGAGCUCAUAUGGGAAGAUGAGCAGAAAGAAGCCUUCCAGCAGCUCCGGGAGCACCUGGAAAAUCUUCCGACGCUGGCAAGACCAGCCGAAGGGGAGAUCUUGUACUUAUACGUGGCGGUUAGCCCUGCUACGGUGAGUGCGGUGCUGCUGAAGGAAGAGGAAAAAGUCCAGCAACUGAUCUACUUUGUCAGUCAUACUUUGACUGAUGCCGAAACACGCUACCCUUUGCUCGAAAAAGUCGCAUAUGCAGUGGUGGUAGCAGCUCGGAAGUUAAGGCCUUAUUUUGAUUCACAUCAAAUCGUGGUCCUAACGGAUCAACCGCUGGAGAAAGUCCUCGGCAAGGAAAUACUCGACGAAGGGAAGGGGACUUGGACAGUAUUCACGGAUGGCUCAACCACCGUAAAUGGCUCGGGAGCUGGGGUGGUGAUCACCUCUCCCGAGGGCAAAAACUUCGAGUAUGCACUCAAGUUCUCAUUUAAGGCUUCUAACAACGAAGCAAAAUAUGAAGCAGCAGUUGCUGGCUUGGAAUUGUGCAUAGCUCUCGAAGCCGAACAUGUCUGUCUGAAGACAGACUCUCAGCUAGUCGCUAACUUGAUUCGGGGCGAGUAUGAGGCCAAAGAACCCUCCAUGAUCUCCUACCUUGCCAAGAUCAAAUCAGUUAUAGCGAAGCUGAGAACUUUUGAGACCGAGCUGAUCCCAAGGGGUCAGAAUGCUCAAGCCGAUGCACUCUCUAAACUCGCAAGUUCAACUCUUACAGAGCUGAAUCGGUCCGUAUAUGUGGAGGUGCGCCGAACCAAAAGCAUCGACCCAGAAAUUGAGGUUCAGUGUGCUGAGGUGGAGCCUAGCUGGAUGGACCCCAUCUUGGCUUAUAAGCUGCAAAGGACGUUGCCCGAGGAUAAGAACUUAGCAGCAAAAAUAAAAAGGGUAGCCUCAAGGUUCAUCGUCUACAAGGGGGAGCUACUGAAAAAAUCCUUCUCAGCCCCGCUACUGAAAUGCGUGGGUCCAACGGAUGCGGAUUACGUCCUUCGGGAGAUCCACUUUAGCAUCUGUGGAAACCACAUUGGGGGAAGAGCCCUAGCCCACAAGGCACUACGGGCAGGGUACUAUUGGCCAACUAUGAUUCAAGACGCUAAGGAAUUGGCCUUCAAGAAACCUUUAGCCGAUACUGAAUUCACUACCCUUCGCUCAAUGGGGGUUGGAUAUUUUAGGACCAUUCCCCGAGGCUCCCUACCAGAAAAAUGGCUGAUAGUUGGAAUAGACUACUUCAGCAAAUGGAUAGAGGCUGAAGCAGCUUCAAAUAUAACUGAGCAAACUGUCAGGAAGUUCAUCUGGCAGAAUAUCAUCACGCGCUUCGGCAUCCCAAAAGUGCUCGUCUUCGAUCACGGAAGACAAUUUGACAAUCUGCCGCUGAGGCGGUACACAAAUCAGUUCGGCAUAAAACUGGCGUACUCAGCAGUCUGUCAUCCUCAGAGUAAUGGCCAGGCCGAAGCUGCAAAUAAACAGAUACUCAACGCUCUCAAAAAGAGAGUUGAAGAUCAAAAGUCCAAGUGGAUAGAGGAACUUCCUGGAACUCUAUGGUCACUUCGGACAAUUGAAAAAGAGGCCACGGGGCAUUCACCUUUUGAAUUGGUGUAUGGGUCUGAAGCCGUUUUGCCGGUGGAAAUUGGCUCAGAAAGCCUCCGAGUCAACCAGUUCUCGGCUGAAGAAAAUGAGCACCUCAUGAAAGAGUCCCUCGAUUUCUUAGAUGAGAUCCGAGACUCAGCGAGGGAUAGAAUGGCGGCAUACAAGCAAAGAAUUAGUAAAUUUUACAAUCGAAGGGUCCAAUCAAGACCCCUUAAAGUGGGGGACUUGGUCCUUCGGAAUGCCGCCGCUGUUCAGAAAAGCCGCAUUCAUGGGAAGCUCUCAGCUAACUGGGAAGGGCCUUAUGAAAUAUACGAUGAACUCCAACCAGGAACUUAUCGCCUUCGACAGUUAGAUGGAACUGAGUUGAAAAACCACUGGAACGCAGAUAUUAAUGAAAGGCCUUUGAGCCACGAUUAUUCACAAUUUUAUUCUGUUUCCAUUAUUCCUGUCCCUGCCACAAUUAUUUCAAGGUUUACGCCCGGUGCUGUCUGA